AUGUUAGUGUUGUGCUGGUUUCUGCAUCACAAUGAAUACAAUGGCAUGCGAAUCGAAGAGCUGGAGGCCCUGGCGCUCAUGGAGGGCGUCGAUCCAAACUCUUUAUGGGAAGGAUGCCGCCGGCCUUCCUCUGCUUCUGAAGAGCAGUUUGUCUUCGUUCAAGUCCCCAACGAAGCCUUCUGCAGAGCUGUUAUGAAGAGAUCUAUACUCAUCAAGGCCUUCAUAGACGUCAGACUAUGCAAAUAUAUGCUGGUGUGGGCGUCUGGGCGUUCGUACGAAGAAGUAUUAGAGGCGAUGAAGACAGAAGAAAAGAAGAAAGAAUUUACAACUUGGAUUAACAAAGAAAAGCCCUGGGCAUUUUAUGUCGGAGCCUUCGGCCGCUCUCUUAGCAGCGAAGAGCAGAGAGAGAGGAUGAAUUUUUUUUCUUCUCUUUUCGUUGGUGACGAGCCUGUAGACCUGCAUCAUCCAGCAACUACUUUAGUUGUUGCAGAGGGUUUGGUGGCGGCUAAUAGCGUCGUCCUAGACCCUUUCGUCGGCACAGGCAGUCUAUUGAUUGCUGCAUCAUACUACGGGGCGUUGUGCAUAGGAGCAGACAUUGAUAUUCGCGUUUUAAAGGGCUAUGGAGUCUCUUAUUUAAACCCACAUCUCUCCUUGCAAAACAAGCGUACGGAUAUAUUUCGUAAUUUUGAAGAUUACGGUUUGAGGCGCCCCGAAAUUAUUCGCUGCGACAACGCUGCUUGGGUGUGGCGGCUGCCUUAUGAAGAGCGCAGCGAAAGCAAAACGAGUGCAGAUAAUAACUCUGAGGGAGAGAAAGAGAAGAUUAAUAUAAAUGAAGACAAUAAAACAAAUAAAAAAGAAAUAUAUAAAGCUGCAUAUUUAUCUAGAAAUAUACAAGGAGGGAAGCCUUGGGUAGACUGCAUUAUAACAGACCCACCCUAUGGCAUUAGAGCGGGCGCCAGACAGUCAGGGCAUACAAAGAAAUGCAAACGCACACCCGAGAGUAGAAGUAAUGAAGACCGUCUGACUUACAUUGCUCCCACAGUGGUUUGCUCGGCUCGUUCUUUGAUUUGCGAUUUGCUGAACGUCGCUGCGCGUCUCCUCGUCGAUGGAGGCCGCCUCGUCUUUCUGCUGCCUGUACACCUCAACACGUGA